UCUCGGCGCGAUCACAGAGUAGGCCGGUUACACGCUGCAGCACAACCUUGCCUGCCCGCUCCCCUCCCUCCUUCGGGGAAUCGUAAAUCGUGCCUUUGAACUCACCGCUUUUCGGGAAAAGUGCGACGCCAGCGCCCCGAGGCUCCAGCGCUGUUGUUGUUGUGCAAGCCCCCUCGGCAGUCGUGCAAUAGUCCUCGGGCCGUACAGAACUCUUCGACGAGUUUUUUCUGAGAGUUCUCGCUAGUUCGGAGUGCGGAUCGGAGUUUCGACGAGACGUGCCGGUGCACCUCUGCGCAGUCAAGAUUUCAGCAAGAGUUGAUGGUUGGUUCCUUGUUAUCGUUAUUUUCUUAGCCUUAAGGAAUUGGUGAAAAAAGUGAAGUGAAGCGAGAGCCUCGCGGGGUGAUGAUGAUGAUGAUGCGAUGAUCGAGUGAUGGAAAAAGUAAAAGAGUGCAGCUUCUGGCUUCUGUUUUUGUGAGCGCGCGGGCAGAGAAAGGAGAGGAGACGAGGAGGGGAAAAAAAGUGAGGUUAGGUGCGCCCGAGCCAAACAUGUUUCUCGUGAGCGGCGGGGAGCGGCGGAUUGCUUUGAUCCGACUCACUCCUGCAUCAGUGUUCCACUAAUGGUUUUAUAUCUCGAAUAUGCGACCGCUCGGCACUCAUGGCUCCAAACAAGGAAAAGAGGUUCAGACUAGCCAUGUCCAGUAAGUGGUGUCCAGUAUUGAAAUUCAGCAUAGACAGGAAAGUAGUACGCGCUUGUCGCGAGAGAUAGAAUGAGUGGACCUCGACCAUCCGAAUCACGCUGCUUCAACGAGAAUUCUCCGAGGCCCCCUGUUCCUGGUGAGGAAAGGGGAGGCUACGCAGGCAGGUGUCAGUCGUCGAGUGCGGAUGCCCAUACUCGGCACCUAAAUUGCGAUGCCACUUGCGCGUCUUUGGAUUUCGAACCGGUGGGUCGCAGAGACGCCAGCAUGCAGGGAAAGAGAAGCGACCAGUCAGCUACUGCAGCUUGUCUGCAAUGGGCAAGAAACCUGCACACGUUGUUGGAGGAUCCAAAGGGCCUCGAGCUCUUCGAGCAUUACCUCCAGCAAGAAGGACACAUCUAUACUCUCUCCUUUUGGUUCGCCUGCGAGGGUCUCAAGGAGGAGAGGGAUCCUGCCAAGCUCCAUUCCAUCAUCAAGGUCCUUAUCAGGAGGUUCUUCCAGAGGCCGCAGCUAGCGUUGCCAGAUAAGGUGCGCAAGGAGAUGACGCGCCGGUUCCGCGAGGGCCAGGCCGACAAGCGAAUGUUCGACCUGGCCCAGCAGGAGGUCGAGCGACUCAUCGAGAAAACGACCUACCCGAAUUUCCUGCGCUCCGAGGUCUACCUGCAGUACGUGCGCUACUGCCAGAGCGCAGAGCUCGAGGCCCACGCGAUGGCCUCUGCUCAAGACACUCAAGCCGGAGCUCAAGAAGGUGAAGAUGAAGAGGCUACCACCGCUGGCCGCGAUAAUGAGUGCUCAAGCUCGCCGGACGAGCCCUCGCUCUCCUGCGCGUCUAGUCUACUACCCACGCUGCACGAAAACAGCGAGUUGACGAUACAGCAGCAGCAGCAGCAACAGCAGCAACAGCAACAGCAACAGAAGCAGCUACACCACCAUCAUCACGCUCAUACGCAAUCGCAGCAGCAACAGCCAGCGACGAUGGCACCAGCGGCGGCGAGCGACUUCAACAAGAGGGAGAUGAGACUGACCGCAGACUUGCUCAUGGCGACGGAACAGCACAGGAUCCGCGACGUCAGACCAAAACCGGAGGCCUAUGCCGGCAUUUACCUGCAACCUGGAGCUAGUCCUUACCACGCGUCGGUAUCGAGACCGCGCGCCCAAUACUCCUCGUACAACCCGGUCUCUAGGCAAGACUCGGAGCUCCAGAGCCUGAGUAGCGAUGCUCGCACCGAGUCCGAUAAUCUCUCACUCAACGACGCGUCUGUUGAUGAGGCGUAUAUGGCGAAGCGUAAUAGCCGCAGGCAACAUAUAAGGCAGUUACAACAGAUUAAAAAGUCAGCGAUGAUAAAUCGGGAUCCAUCGGGCUAUGAAAGUUUCGUACCGCGGACGCAACGAGUUACGAAAGCUCAAAUUCAAGGGAUGAAACCCGAGGAAUUCGCCAAGGAGCUUAUCAAGAAGCUAGAGUUCGUCAAGUAUGAGCGUGAAAGUGCCGAGAGAUGCCAGCGCAAGAUAAAGGAAAUCGACAUGUCUAUCAGUCAUAGUGACAGCCCAUGCGAUGUCCCGGGUGUUCAUAGUCAAUCUCAGUCACAGUUCUCGUCCCAGCCUCAGUUGGCUUCGCAAGCAGUGCCGCCACAUCAAGCGCGUAUAUUCACAGAUACGCUGCGCGAGAAGCUCCAGCUCGAGGAGGACAGCGACCAGGCCAUUCUCGAUCAGCACGUUUCGCGAGUCUGGUCUGAUUUGACACCUUCGCGUUCACCUAAGCUAGCUUCUCCUCGGCCUCGAUCACCCGACAAAUGUCGGCGACCUCAACAGCUACACCAACAACUUGGCCCAGCCACCCCAAGUCAACAAUAUUCUGGCAGUAGAGCUUCGUCUGUCGCGUAUCGCAAUCAACGCAAGGAGAAAGACGUUUUCUCAACUUUCUCGGGAGACAGCGGGAAUGUUCACGACUUUCCGGAGGCGGGUGAGCUUCACGGAGCUGGUAGUAUGAGUUCGCUAGGUUCGCAUUUGCCUAAAAGUAAAUCCGUGCCCUCGGAUUACGCCGAUUCACUGCACAAGCAAGACCUUUAUCUGCAAGGUCAAGACCCUCGCUACAGAAGGUUAGACGCAACGCGAUCUUCGGCGACGAAGAAAUCGAUGACGGAGCUCACUGACAGCGGUGUUUCGGUUGUAAGCGACGUGUCACCAGCUAUUGUCAAGAAGGACAACCGGCUGCUCAACUGGUUGAAAGAGAACGAUAGCAGCGUUGGUGGUAAAGGCGAAGGCAACGUUACCACCAAGCCCGUCGUCCGCAAGAAGUUUAACAAUAUGCCCCAGCAGCCGUUUGUCGGCGACCCUGGUAUGCCUCUGCUACCUCAACCUCAUAUCCCAACGCAAUUGGAAGAGGCAAAGAGAAGGUUAGAGUACGAGCAAAGUCGCAAUAGACAACGAUACCCGACAAGUGGUAGUGGUACCAAACAGCAGCAGGAGUACGAUUCUAUGCCACAAAUGCCACCGAUGCAAUCGUGCCCGCAAUCAAACCAAUCGACGCUUCGCAGAGCUAAGCAGGACGCUCCUAGUGACUUUACCAUCCUUGUGCUUAGUUUCUGUGACGAGAAGGUACCUUACAGGAUCAAGAUAUCCGGCUCUAAUGUAACCCUCAAGCAGUUCAAGGACGUUCUUCCUAAGAAGGGCAACUAUAGAUACUUCUUCAAAACCGAGUGCGAAGACUUGGAUAUGCAAGUCAUCCAGGAGGAAAUUACAGAUGAUGCCGAGGUUCUACCGCUGUGGGAGGGCAAGAUCAUGGCCCAGGUGAAAGCGCUCGAGUAGAGAGGCUUAAUCGCAUCUUCCGCCGCCGCACUCCUGUCCUCCGUCGAACGCCGGAACACUGAUUUUUCCAAGUGCUUCCUCUGUUGUUCUUCUGCGGAAAUUUCGGGCCACGAAAUUCGCGUCAACGAAGCAACGCAACGAAAGCCAAGGAGAGACUUGUCGCGCGAGCUACUGUCGAUUGCGGCAUCACGACGAAAAUUACGGUCUAAUCGAUUGACGAACAGUCUGUUUAGCAUUAAGUAAUUACUUUUUUAAUUAUUUUUUAAACGUAUUCCGUGCGUGUGAAAGCGUGAGUGCUGAAGAGCGCAUGUCACAUCGGCCGACGAUACUUUUGUGGCGUAAGAAAAUUUCACAAAGAGUUUGUAUACGAUUGUACAUACUAGUUACGUAUUUAUAGUUUUUAAAAUUCGAAAGUUAAGGAAGAGAUGAGGAUCAAUGCUUAUAUCUUUAAAAAAAACUUUCCUUUAACUGCUUUCGGAUAUUCUUCGCAAUACCGUUUAUCAUUGUUGAAUUUGGUAUGCUGUAACCGAAUCGAUCUGAUUUCUCACGUGUCUAGAAAACUUUAUUAUUGUUGAAGAGCCAAGAGCAAGGCGUCACAAAAGUACCUCCACCGAUACGAAGCAAGUGGCUUUUAAUGAAAAUGUAAAUACAGCGAGCGAAAGAGAGCACGUAAAACAUAAGAGACGAAACAUUAAACUCGAGACCAAGCUCUCCGAGAGCGAGCCGAAAAAUCAUGCGAUAAGAAGUCCUCUACUUCUUUAUUUUUUAAUUUGCCCUAUUUCGAAAGACUUGUGAAACGUAUGUGUACGUACGUGUCGCCUCUUUUUAUAUAAAGUCAUGAAACAAAACUAUUAUUAUUAUUAUUAUUGAUAAUUAUUGUCUCCGACCGACUGUACAAAGAGCCUGCGUAGUUAAUCGCCUUAUCGAGGUCUGCCAUGGACCCUAGACUUUACAUAGGGGAGAAAGCAAAAAGUUAUUAUAUACGUUCAAGGAAACAGAAAAAAGGUUAGUCGAUAAGAUUUACAGAUAUUAUGUAUAUUAUAUAUACAUACAUUAUCUCAGUUAUAUAUAAUAUGUAUAAUAUAUUAUAUAUAUAUACAUACACUUUAGAGUUUUCGCGCAUCGCGGACACGUGGAGUAAUUGUCACUGACCGCGAAGCGCGGAAGGAAAGUGUAUAGGGCGGCCGAAAGGAGAGAAAAAGAGUCAGGCGGAGUGACGACGCAUAUCGACAUUGCGCCGCGUGUCGCCGAGCCACAUAACAUGUAACAUACAAAUCGUACGCAUUUUAAAAGGAAACGAAGAAAAAAAAAACAAAUGAACAAAGCAUUAAUGUUAGAUGAAGGAAAAAGGAAGAGCACGUUUGAGGCACGACUUUAAUGGCUCCGAUGGUUUGAAAAAAUUUAUAUGAGUUAAAUUUUUGCUAUUAGAAGGAGACGUUGAGACCAGAGUCGUCGAAGUCGCGCCUCCGUGAAAGAAUGAGAGAUUAUUCGCAUUGAAGAAUUGAAUAAGAAGAAAAUGUGAAAUAAGCUCAGUAGGCGGCUGAAAAAUAAGGAGAGCAACGGAUAAACAAAUAUUGAUCUCUUCUUGCGAACUUUUCUUAUAUAUCGGGUGCGGAAAAUAAAUUGUGCCUUUUUAGUGCAGUAAGCCGUCGAACGUAAGCCUAAGCCGCGGCUGUGCGUUUUCUUUGUUCUUUCGUUCAAAGUGUGUAAUAAUUAAAAGAGAAGCGAGUGCACGCGAGAGUUUCUGCAAAGUUUGCUCGCAGCGGACGGCCAUUGGUAAGACCAAUCUCGUAAAAUUUCACUUUGAUUCUUACUUCUUUCUUACCGUUGUAAAUUUUUUUCGUAAUAAUAAUGAAAAAAAUAAGCAAAAAUUUAACGUCUCUCCGAAAUCCCCUUUCUUUUUUUUUUUUUUAAAGAGACGGGAAAGAUCUCGCGACGACUUUUAUACCUAGUAUUAUUUUAGGUAAAUUAAAUGAGAAAACGAAAAGGCGGCUAAUUUUAGUGGAGAGAGAAUUUUUUAAGGAACAAGCAUGUGUGCAACGUGUAAAAUAAUGAAAAAAAAAAAGACUUCUUAUCGAUGCAACGAUGAGUGAGUGAAUUUACUUCGAUGCUCCGUUACGGCACGAUCUGUUUUUUUUCUACUCUGUAUCUUCGCCCUUUUAACUGUGUACAAAGUUUCUCGAAGAAGAAUGAGUUUCCUGCCCUGGUCUCCGCUGUACAAAGGAUAAUAUAUCGGAAUAUAUACUGUUCGAAUGUCCAAGGGCUUUCUGGGUAACUCGUCGUACUGCCGCGUAGCCGAUUAUUGUAAAACGUUACGUUCGUUUUCUUUUUUUAACGAUAUUUGUUCUCUCUCUCUUUUGUCUUAAUUGUAACGACGAUAAUGCAAUUUGAUUAUUAUUAAUGAAUAUCACGAUCGAUAAAUUGUUCCUGUACCUAACUGAUUUAUAAUGAUUAUUAUUGUAUAUCGAGAGCAUUGAGGAUAAUAAUAAUAAUGCGAUUUUCACUGGA